AAGCAAAAGGUAUAUAACUCCGGGAAGUUGAUUGAAAAGCUGUAUCAUUGUUCAGCCUGCUCGGUGUCGUGGACUAGCUAGACCUGCUAACGUGAAUAUCUACUUGAUAUGACAAACUGUAAACGGUUUACACAUAAUUAGUUAUUUCUUAGGCUAACGCACAGAGAUGUCUCGGGGCUCGAAUGCUGGGUUUGAUCGUCAUAUUACAAUAUUCUCACCAGAGGGCCGUCUUUACCAAGUCGAAUAUGCCUUCAAAGCUAUCGCACAGAGUGGUCUGACGUCAGUGGGGAUCCGAGGCAAGGACUGUGCCGUCGUAGUCACGCAGAAGAAAGUGCCGGACAAGCUCCUGGACCCAUCCACAGUGACCAACCUGUUCCCUCUCACCCCCCGCAUAGGCUGUGUCAUGACUGGGCACUUUGCGGACAGUCGCUCGCAGGUGCACCGAGCGCGAGUGGAGGCAGGGGAGUGGAAGUACAAGUUUGGCUAUGACAUCACGGCGGACAUGUUGUGUCGGCGUCUGGCGGACAUAUCGCAGGUCUACACGCAGAAUGCCGAGAUGAGGCCGCUGGGAUGCUGUAUGAUCCUGGUUGCCAUGGAUCCCCAGAAGGGCCCGGUGCUGUACAAGUGCGACCCGGCCGGCUACUACUGUGGCUUCAGGGCCACGGGGGUGGGGGCCAAGCAGCAGGAGGCCAACAGCUACCUGGAGAAGAAGCUCAAGAAGAGGCCCGAGCUCACCUACGAGAGGAGCGUGGAGAUGGCCAUAUCCUGUUUGUCCUCAAUCCUCGCCAUGGACUUCAAGUCUACUGAGCUAGAAGUCGGUGUGGUGACUAAAGAGAUUCCUAAGUUCAGGACGCUCACUGAGGCGGAGAUUGAGACUCAUCUGAGCGCCAUCGCAGACAGAGAAUGAGCUGACCCUCACACACACUACACACUGGACCAGCUCACGGGCUGGACACGGCUGGAGACGCAUCGGGGCAGAAACACACACACACACACACACACACACACACACACACACACAGUCACUCACUCACUCAAACACACACAGACAGACACACAUACUCACUCACUCAAACACAUGCAGACAGACAGACACACACACUCUCUUUCUCACACACACACACACACACACACACACACACACACACAGGGUGUUUUAGUACAACUAUGUUACCUUUAGUUGCAGACAGGAUGAGCACGGUGAGGGAGAGGGAGAGGGGGGGUUAUGCUCUAUGUCUGUUCUGCUUAUUACUGUAAUAACACACACUUGGUGUGGAUGGCAUGUCCUUGUCCCUGUUCAGGUUGGUUUAUAUUGAACAGAUGAUCGUUUGUCACCAGCAAAUGCCUUGUCUUGUCACAGCCCCAGAUUAACAUGGCCAUUUCACCAAACUGCAGUGCUUUUCAAUAAAAUAUCAAAAGGAAA